UUUAGUCAAGCUGAGGGAAACAUUAGGCUGUCUUGGUCACUGAUACAUGUUUUGCAUGAGGACCAAGGAAUCAAGAAAGAAUUGGAGAGCCAGCUUUCCAGGGGACAAGAGGAAAGUGUUGGGGGUCUUAUUGCCCUGGCAAGAACAUUGAGCACCAUGCUGAAUCAGACUGAUCACCUUCUACGAGGACCGGGGCUUCCAGGGCCGCCAGUACGAAUGCAGCAGCGACCGCCCCAACCUGCAGCCCUACUUGAGCCGCUGCAACUCGGUGCGCGUGGACAGCGGCUGCUGGAUGCUCUAUGAGCAGCCCAACUACGCGGGCAGCCAGUACUUCCUGCGGCGCGGCGACUACCCCGACUACCAGCAGUGGAUGGGCCUCAGCGACUCGGUCCGCUCCUGCCGCCUCAUCCCCCCCGCCAGUUCCCACAGGAUCAGGAUCUACGAGCGAGAGGACCACAGGGGCCAGAUGGUGGAGACCACUGAGGACUGCUCCUCUCUCCACGACCGCUUCCGCCUCAGUGAGAUCCACUCCUUCAACGUGCUGGAGGGCUCCUGGAUCCUCUACGAGCUGCCCAACUACCGCGGGCGCCAGUACCUGCUGAGGCCGGGGGACUACAGGCGGCACCACGACUGGGGGGCCAUGGAUGCCAGAGUGGGCUCUCUGAGGAGAGCUGUGGAUUUUUAUUGAAGUUUUUUACUCUAUUCUUUUCUCCAUCUGGAAGCUAAUAAAAUAUUUCCUGUGUGUUUCAUGCA